UACAGCAGUAUACCAAGUUGUCCAGUUAACAGUGCAAGUCCUAGUUCAUGUCAUCGAACACCAGCUAAAAUUGAUAUUGUUUAAUUGGUUGUUCUUGUAUUAGUUCUAUGUGUUUUAGUAAGGUGUAUACAAAAUUAGACACGUUCAAUUGAUUUUAGGUGUUCUGCCCAUUGACAAAGUUUUUUCAGAACCAUCAUAGGUAGUUAGUGUUAUAUAAUCUGCUCAUUUAACUCAACCCGCUUAUUUUCGCCUAGACGAUUCUUCGGUGUCCUAAGCCAUGACUAAGUUAAGGCCUGUUUGAAAACUGUGGUUGGUGAAAGAGAUCCUCUAGACGCCGAGCGUAGGCUAAGUUGACAAUGUGCCAGAUGCCGUGACAUUUACACAGUCAUGGAUACUCUCGAUAGCGUCGGGAAUGAUGUUGUCGAUCCAUCUGAUCUUACACGGUGGAGUCAGACCAAACCACACCAACAUACGUUCCUUUACGAUCAAGGGGGUGUUGACGAUAAAAGCCCCUUCCCUUUUGAUCAAUCUCUCAACGUUAGACUGAUUCUUUGGAGUGGCGACUUAACCAAGUUACGAGUUGAUGCAAUUGUUCAUUCGACGAACGAGUCAUUCACAGAUAGUACUCACCGAAGUCAUCAACUCUUUGAAGCAGCAGGACCUGGAUUAGUUGACGAAAUAACCAAUGAAAUUGGAGACUGUCGUACAGGUGAAGUGAAAGUGACUCAGGGACACCAACUGCCAGCCCGGUACGUGAUACACACUGUCGGCCCUCUGUACAACAUAAGAUAUCAGACUGCGGCAGAGAGCACCCUACAUACGUGUUACAGGAAUGUGCUGUUGAAAGCUGUUGAACUGAAGCUGAAGACACUGGGGCUUUGUGUUGUUAACUCUGUCCACCGUAACUAUCCACCGGAUGAGGGUGCUCAUAUAGCACUGAGGACUAUCAGAAGGUUUUUAGAGAAGCAACAAAAAACGGGGGUCAAAGGCCUAGACACCAUUGUCCUGGCAGUGGACAGCUGUGACGGUGGCAUUUACGAGGUCCUGAUGCCGCUGUAUUUCCCCCGGUCGCCGGGGGAGGAGCGUGCCGCAGUACUACAGCUGCCAGGGGUGGGGGGACCCGACGGGGAACCACUUUUCCCCGACAGACAGAUACGCAUCAUAGACAACCCUACCCACCAUCACCAUCAUGAAGAGGAGUCGUCAGUAAUAGACUUGACGAGCCAGCUGGAGACAGACUCAGUGUUCAGUCAGAUGCAGGGUGACCUGGACCAACAGAGACUGCUGGGAGAGCGGCCCAUUCCCUCCGUCGACCCCUUCCUGGUCAGGGAGAUACACAACAAGGAGAGAUAUGAGCGACUGCUAAGGAGGGCUAAGACAGAAGACCUAUCUGAGGUGUCAGGUAUCGGAUGUUUGUACCAGAGCGGCCAUGACAGAUUAGGAAGACCGGUCAUUGUCUUUGUAGGGAAGUGGUUCCGCUUUAAGGAAAUAAAUCUUGACAAGGCCUUGCUGUAUCUGAUAUACCUGCUGGACCCCCUGGUCAAGGGAGAUUAUGUCAUCGCUUAUUUCCACACCCUCACUGGCAACUCCAACUACCCCUCCUUUGCCUGGCUGAGGGAGGUCUACAGCAUCCUGCCUUACAAGUACAAAAAGAAUUUGAAGGCAUUUUAUAUUAUUCACCCAACAUUUAUUUGGACUAAGAUGAUGACAUGGUGGUUCACCACAUUCAUGGCCCCUGCUAUCAAACAGAAGGUUCACUGUCUACCAGGAGUGGAGUACUUGUACAGUGCGAUGAGUCCUAACCAGCUAGAGAUCCCUGCCUUCAUCACAGAGUAUGACAUGAGUGUAAGUAGAAACAUACACAACUAGUGGAUACUGUAGUGU